AAUUCACAACCUGUAAAAGCAAGGAACUCAAAGGACUGGAGUUAGAGAAAAACAAUCAUACAAUAUAUUGAUGAACUGUAAGCAUAAAAUGAGGAUUUGACACUUGCUGACAUAUAAAUCCUGAUGGAAUGAAAACUUGGAGGUGGUCAUUUUGGAAGCUUCCUAGGAGACCUGGAGACAAUGGAGAGAGUACCCAUGGAUGAUGUCUCUGAUUUAGCACACUUUGACUUUCCAAACCCAGACACAGACUGCACUCCUCUCAUCACAGCCAGCCACAAGGGCCUAACAGAGGUUGUAUGUUUGCUUUUGAAGAAAGGUGUUGAUGUCACUUUGUGUAACCAUAGUAACCAGACAGCAGUGCAUCUAGCUAACCCCACGAUCCAGGGAAUCCUGCUGUCCGCUGUAAAUGGAGAUGCACUUCCCCAGAGGCAACUACUACAAGCUGCGUGGCAGGGCGACCUCAAGCACCUUCAACAUCUGCUGGCAGAGUCAGCCACAGUGGAUGUGAAUGUUCCAAACCAGGAUGGGCUGAAUGCUCUCAUGCUGGCAGUGCGAGACAUUGACCUGUUUGAGAGGCUCAGAGCCCUGCUGCCUGCAGAGUACAGACCAGUGGAGGUGAUCAAGGAGCUGCUUAAAAACCACAUGUGAGUCCAAGUAGACACUUUAGCUCAUUCAGAAUUACAGCAUUUUAUAUACAUAUUUGGAGUACAGUGUUUCCAGUCUCACUUUAGUAUACUGUUCUUGAUCCUUUUCUUAAACAAA